AAGCCGAAAAUGCUGUCUAGGUAGUGAGCUCGCUAGUGUUUGCGACAACCGGCGCAUGCGCACUAACUUUCUCUUUUCACCGUCAUGGCGGCUCCCGUAGACCUCGAGUUAAAGAAGGCCUUUGCAGAGCUUCAGGCUAAAAUGAUUGACACCCAGCAGAAGGUGAAGCUGGCUGACCUGCAGAUCGAACAGCUGAGCCGCAUGAAGAAGCACUCGAACCUCACGCACGCAGAGAUCACGUCUCUCCCUAACACCACACGCAUGUUCGAGGGAGCAGGACGCAUGUUCAUUUUGCAGUCAAAAGAUGAGAUCGCUAAUCAGCUUUUGGAAAAGCAGAAGACGGCGGAUGAGAAGAUCAAGGAGCUUGAGCAAAAGAAGACGUACCUAGAGCGCAGCGUUAAAGAUGCGGAGGACAACAUCAGAGAGAUGCUGAUGUCCAGGAGGGCCCAGUAAAACGCGCUCACAACCCAUCCACAAUCAAAAAAAACCCCUCUUCAUCACCUUUGUACACCGUGCCCUUAGUUUGAACAUGCUCUUGCAUGUGUUGGAGAGUACUCAUGACCGCCGAGCUAGUGGGAGUCAUUUGUCAGCUGAACACAGGAAGUUUAUUUAGGUUAAUAGUUAAAAAUGAAUGUACUGUUGACCGUCUGUCUAAUACUGAUUUAUGUGAUCUCUGACAACUGAGUAUUCUGUAAGUCUUUUUAAGUUAUUGAUUUGUUCAACUGUUCUUUUUUUCUAUGGUUUUGUAAUAAUGCAAAGCAUUUUUUAUGCAAGCAGGUGUUAACAUGGUAAUAAAGGUGACUGUUUAAAGACUA